AUGGAGCAAAUAAACCCAAACGAUAGCUCGAAUCCCCAACACCUGCGCCGGGACUUCAAGUCUCGCCAGGUAAAUAUGCUGGCCAUUGCAGGUGCUCUGGGGACUGGGUUGAUUAUUGGAAGUGGCUCGGCCCUAGCCAAGGGCGGACCAGCCAGUAUCCUCAUUGCCUACACUGUGACCGGCUCGAUCAUAUAUUUUGUCAUGACGGCGCUCGGAGAAAUGGCGUCUCUGUUACCUAUGGAUCGCGGGUUCAAUGGCUAUGCUUCUCGCUUUGUGGAUCCAGCUCUUGGAUUUGCUACCGGAUGGAAUUACUUUUUCAAAUACGCCAUCGUCUUGGCAAACAACCUUACUGCCGCAGGGUUGGUCAUUCAGUACUGGCGUCCAGACUUGAGUGUUGCUAUUUGGGUGACUGUCUUUGCGGCAGUAGUUAUUUCCAUCAAUGUUCUGCACGUGGGCAGUUUCGGCGAAGCAGAAUUCAUCCUCUCCUCCAUCAAGAUCAUCGCCAUCCUCAUUGCGAUGCUCACCUGCCUGAUCGUUUCUCUCGGCGGGGCUCCGAACCACGAACGCGUCGGAUUCCGGUACUGGAACGAACCAGGAGCAUUUGCAGAGUACCUUUCCACCGGCUCUCUGGGGAAAUUCCUCGGGUUUUUCGCCUGUCUAGUCCAGUCAUGCUUUGCAUAUACAGGCACUGAAGUCGUGGGCGUUGCGUUUGCGGAAACGCCGAACCCGCGGCGCAACAUCCCCAGAGCCAUCCGGCAGACUCUGUGGCGGAUCUGUGUGUUUUAUAUCCUGGGCGUGCUGUUGCUGGGCAUGGCAGUGCCGUAUGAUAAUGAUCUACUUAUUGGAGCAAAGAAGGCAAAGACGAGCGCCUCGGCUUCGCCGUAUGUGGUUGCGAUGAGAAUGGGGCGGAUCAGUGUUUUGCCAGAUAUUAUGAAUGGUGCGAUUCUGGUUUUUGUUGUUAGUGCUGCGAAUACCGACAUCUACGUCGGCGCACGCACGCUCUACUCCCUCGCAAAAGAAGGCCACGCGCCGCGCAUCUUCACACACACCACCGCACGAGGCGUACCCAUCUACGGCGUCGCAGCCACCUCUGCAUUCAGCCUGCUGGCGUACAUGAACGCGACCAAAUCCAGCGCGACUGUGUUCGGGUACUUUGUCAACCUCGUGACUGUCUUUGGGACGCUCAACUGGGCCAGCAUUCUCGUCUCGUAUAUUGGAUUCUGCCGCGGCAUGAAAGCCCAAGGCCUGGAUCGAAAGGUAGAUCUUCCAUAUCGUGGAGCAUUACAGCCGUAUGGUGCUUGGUUUGCGUUGUUUUUGACGGUUAUUAUUAUCAUUUUUAACGGCUACAACACAUUCAUCCCGUCCUUCCAAGUAUCCGACUUCAUCACAUGCUAUCUUGGCAUCGCCAUUUACGUGGUCAACAUCGUCUUGUGGAAAGUCCUUGCGCGCUCGCGCCGCGUCAGGGCUGGCGAAAUGGAUCUCGUGGCAGACCACCACGGUGAAGUCGGAUUGGGACGCGUAGAGGAAGUGCAACAUGAAGGGAGGGAUAAAACGAACCCUGUCAUGCCUUAGUUUCUUUUCUUUUCUUUUCUACUUUUUACGUAUUCUCUUCUCCAUUGUCCCAUCCUUGGACUUGUCAGCGACUCAGCAUAAUGGACAAGGGACAAUGGAUAUUACGUAAAUCAUCUAACCAAGCAUGCUGCAUUGCCGCAUAAAUUUAGGGGU